AUGGCCACAAAGAGAAGCGAUGAUGAUCGCAAUGAUGAUAUGCACUCCUCUGGUGGAUCGGAGGUUGAAGAAUUAACCACUACAACCAAUGUUUCAUGUUUAGGACAUAAAAAUCCUCUUCAAACUCUGGAAACAGCAACAACAACAUCCAUUAUAACCACCACCACCACCACGCAUCACAACGUUUCACAAGAUUCUCAUAUGGUUGAAUCAUCAAAUAUUGUCAAAUCAUCAAACAACCAUUCUCAUAUGGUUGAAUCAUCAAACAACCAUUCUCAACCACCAAUUGAUAAAUAUCACAUGAUCACAAUGACAUUCUUCUUACAAGGAAUGGGUGAACUCUUUCCAUGGAAUGCCAUGCUCUCUGCUGUAGAUUAUUUAUUGAAAUUAUAUCACGCUCAAAAAAUCAUGCUCUGGAUGACAUCUGUCUAUUCUCUUUCAACAUUAAUUUCAUUAUUUGUUUUAAUCAAAUAUGGAACACAUAUUCGAUAUUUAUUUAGAAUUUAUAUUCCUUAUUGUUUACUCACUGUAUUAUUAAUUAUUGUACCAUUAUUAUAUGUUGUUAUUGGUAAUCGAGAAAUUGAAUUUUAUUUGAUUUUAGCUCUUGUUGUACUCAUGGCUAUAUGCACAGGAAGUAUUCAAAGCUCAAUUUAUGGAUUAUCAAGUAAAUUACCUCAUCAUUAUAUGAAUACGGUUGUAUCAGGAAGUGCAUUUGCUGGAUUAUUUAUUACAUGUUUGAGAAUAUUGACAAAACUUACCAUUGAAAGUGGAUACAAUGGUGACGUUCCAAUUCAUAUUCUAUCCAUGUCUACUAUUAUUUAUUUUGCAUGUUGUGCAUGUUUGAAUGUGGUGUGUUUGAUUAGUUUUUAUGUAUUGACAAGAACUCGAUUUGUGAAAUAUUAUACCACGAUCGAUACUUUUACUCACAAUUCUUCUCAUAAUAAUGAAAUUAAUAAUCACACCAAUAAUCAUUCUCAUACGAAUAAUAAUGAUAAUAAUAAUAAUGAUAUGAAUAAUAAUAAUAAUGAUAUGAACAAUAAUAAUGAUAUGAAUAAUAAUAAUAAUAACAACAGAACCAGUAUGGAUCAAAACCACACAUCAACCAUGACGAUGGAUAACAUCAUGUCACAAGAGACGAUUGUAGAUGCCACUACUACUACCAUUUCCAAUUCGAUAUAUCCUUCCAUUUCUCAUCAUACUACUUCAAUAGAUCAACUCAAAAGUCAUCAUGAAAUUACCUCUAUUAAGAAUAUUAUUACAAAUAUUGGAAAGAGAACAUGGAUCUAUGCAUUAAGUUUAUUCUUGGACUUUUUUGUAACACUUUCUGUAUUUCCUGGUUUGAGUAGUAGUGCUGAAACUAUUUAUAUUGGAACUUCAAUGGAAACAUGGUUACCUGUAUGGACAAAUUUAACAUUUCAAAUUUAUGACUUUGUUGGAAGAAUUGCAUAUUAUUGGAUUGACUUCUUUCCAAUUCAACAUCAAACCGUUGAAACCAUGACGAACAAAACGAAGGGUGAAUGGAAUCAUUGGAAGAGCAAGCUAUGGAAUGCAUGUCGAGUUGAGAAAAUGGAAAUUGUUUUAUUUCUAAUUGUUGUAUUGCGAAUUGUAUUCAUUCCUCUCUUUAUAUUUUGUUUAAAUCCCAAGAUAUUUAAUCAUGAUAGUGUUCCAUUGAUUUUAGUAUUUUUAUUGUCACUCUCUGGAGGAUAUUUAAAUAGCGUCUUGAUGUCAAAUGCACCAAAAAAGUUCACAAAUUUGCAUGAAAAGGAAAUUACUGCUACCAUGAUGACAUUCUUUUUACUCUUUGGAAUUACAGUAGGAUCCAAUACUGGACUAGGUAUAGGAUUACUUGUAUUGAAAUGA